UUACGGUGAAAUAAGCGAAGUUUGUGAAAGCAUUUGACGUCAGUGACGAAGAACGCUGAUAAUUUUACGACGCAGAUAUCGCUACGCGGAAUAUCAAAAAAUAUUUUUAGUGAUUUAGAGAAAAGAUUGAUUAAUAACAUAUGAACGCACUUAGUGAUUUAUGGUUUAAAAUACGGCCUAGAGAAUAUUAGUAGGCCCAUAAUGGGCGGGGUCGUGGCUUGGGUCGAGUGAGAGACAUGGAGCGACCUCAGUGUUCUCAGUGAUCAAAAGUCGUACAAUGUGCAAUUUCUUUCCAGCUAGUUGUUUCGUUUCGUAUUGUGUCAUGAGAGACAGAUCUCUCGGCUAACUUAUAAAAUACUUAUGUAGAAUAAGUUGAGCUUUGACUCGGUGCGUGACGCGUAUGACAGCUGUAGCGCGAUGUUGCCACGUGUUGACUUUGGCUUAACCUAAGCGACCAACUUGCUGGCCAAGCAUGUGCAUUCUGAUUAUCUUACAUUCGAGUAUUGUUAUAAUAUAUAACCGUUAUACUACUGGCAAAUGAGAAUUCACUUUAAAGACAAGGUGAAGAUUGAAGAUUGCACAGCGAAAACAUAGCGCAACUUCGUCGAUAUUGUGCAAGCAUGUGAUCGUGUGAUCAGAGUACAAUGAUCAAAUUCGUAUAUCAUAUACGCUUUUCACGCUUGAACGUCGACCGUGGCUCGCGUGUCGGCAUCCCAUAGAAGAGGAGCGAUUCCGACGAAUACGUUUUUUCCUUCGAAACGUAUGCGCAGGCUGAUUGAAUUGAACGGCAGGAGAACGAGAGAAGAGGACGUCUCCGAAGGAGGCAAUGACUUGGUUGUUGAUCGUCAACGUUUUAAUGCAUCUGGAUCUGUCGUAACUUUAACUAACUGUGAAUAUACAGGGUGUCUCAAAAUAUAACGGCAAAUGGAAAGGAUCGUAAAGUAAAGGAUCCUCCCUUUUUUUCUUUUUCUCUUUUUCUCUUUCAUUCAUUUUGCGAGAGGAAAGAACAACAACGAUUUGUAAGAUAAAUUCGUUUUUCAGCGAGUGAAUCAUUCGAUGAUUUUCACGAAGUAACCUCGGAAUGAUCUUCAGUUAAAUUUAAGAAAGGAAAAAAAAAGAAAAGAAAAGAAAAGAAAUCUUUAACAUUUGGAAAUGAUCUUGGAUUGAAAAAAAAGAGAGAGAACGAAUCGAAGAAGAGAUUAAAUAUAAAAUCUUGCUGUAUGUUGCUCGAUCGAUCAAAACGAUUUUAAAUCGAAUAAAAAAAAAAGAAAAAAAAAAGUUAUCUCUAUCUCUCGAAAUUUUUUAAUUCUAUUUUUCUUAUAGAUGCGUGCCCCAUCUGGAAAUAAUCUAAAAGAAAUGAUAUUAUUUUUGAAAAAAUAAACAAAAUUUUUUGAGAAAGAUUUUGGAACACCCUGUGUAUAACAUCAACGAGAAAUCUCAUUCGUGCAUUCACAAAAAAGAUAAUAUCUAACGAUUAAAAUCCGUAUAUAUUUGAAUCCACAAGUGAAAAAAAUCUCCUCCCCUCCCCUCCCCUCCCCUCCUCUACUUCUUUUCUCCCUCUUUUCUUUGGAUUUUGACGAUCCACAAGAAAUAGAAUCGACGCAGAAUCGGCGAAUAUUAUUAAAUUUGCGAUUUGCAUAUGUCGUGAUUCGCUCCUUUUCACGACUUGCUCCGCGAACAUGAUGAUGACGGGGGUUGCAAACGUUUCACUAAUGGCGAGCGAGAGAAAUGAGAAUCAGAACGUAAGAAAGUAGAAAAAAAAAAUACACACAUAUAUAUAUAUUUCGAAAGAAUAAUCAAGAAACAAAUUUAAAAUUGUUACCUGUAUAGAGGCUAGGUGGUGGAGAGAUUUGUAUUUUUUUUUUUUUUUUUCCGCAUCCAAACUUCUCGCCACUUCCGAGUGCUCGAAAGAAGACGUACGAACGUUUGUUUCGAACUUUGCCAACGAGGAGUAUAUCUCGAAAUAGAAAUUGCUGUUUGUUUCUAUUUCGUUAAUUAUAUGCGAAUUAUUUUAGUCGAGGUGCAAAUUCGCCAGGUGCAAUCAGCAUCAGUUUAAACGAUACGAUUAUUAUUUUUUUCCUUCAUAUGUAUAUACGUAUAAUUUUUAUUAUACAUUAUUGCAUGAUGGUAUGAUGCUCGUUUCUAAAUUCAUUGUCACUUAGUUACAUAGUAUAGCUUAAGAAAUCAUAUUGAUACAUCAUAUGCAUUUUGUCCCGUCUUAUUAUCCCCCUCAGACAUCCUCUGAAACUGUAACUCUUUCGCUUCUCUCCUCUUUUCUUUUUUCUUUUUUUUUUUAUUAUUUAUUUUUUUAUUAUAAUAUUGCAAUAAAUACCUCUCACUUGUCGAAGGGAGAACAUAUAUCGAAAUAUAAUAAAAAAAAAGAAAAAAGAAAUCUCUUCCGCGACGAAAGUGCAGGGCCCCUUAGAUUGGUAUUGUUGCCCCUGGCGUUUCGAGCAGCACUCGAACAUGGCGGUGAGCUCGGAUGUUCUUUCGACAUUUCGAAAGAACGGCGCGCGAGGUGGAAAUCACCUCUCGUUCAUCUAGCCUCUUCUCGCCGUGUAACGUUCGAAUAUCUCGCCAGGUUCUCUCUCAAUAGCCGAAGUCGAAGGAGUUAACGUGGGGCGUGCACGUUUCGAACGAAGGGGCCAGAAACGUGUGCGAGGUCGGGCAAAAUCGGUCGGCGAGGUUAACCUUCUCCUUGCCAUCGUGUCCUCCCGUUUCAACCACGAAAACGAAACCAACGGAGAGAGAAAAGGUGGAGCGAUACCGUGGUUCGUUGUCGAAAGAGAAAAGAAAAAGAAAAAGAAAAAAAGUAAGAGUGACGGAAAACGAGAGACAGAGAGAAAGAGAGAGAGAGAGAGAGCGAGAGCGAGCGAGCGAGGAAAGGAAGGAGAAAGAGUGUGUGAGUGUGUGUGAAAGAAAGAGAGAGAAAGAGAGAGAGAGUGAAAGAGAGAUAAAGAGAACGAGGGUAGAAUAAUAGGAUCGAAACGAGCAGAGCGAAGGGGGAGGGAAUGAACGGCCCUGGGAGUCAUCAGCAUCGCGGCUUGGGCAUGCAGGGACGAUACAGGGCCGUAGUAACUGGUGGCACCCCGGCAGGGCCCCACUCUCGCCCCCCAGCGCCACCUCACGCCCGCGGUGGAUGGCAUCCCCAUAAUCAGCAUCCUCAGCACGCCCAGAUACCUCAGCAAUACACCGGCAACAAGGAAUACCCGUAUCGACAAUGUCCACCACCACGCUUCCAUAACGGGGAUUGCCCUGGCGUUGGUACGUCUACCGGGCCAAACGGUAAGGAAGUUUCGUAUCACGGGAACGUAGGCGGGUCUAGUGUGGGAUAUAAACCGCCUCCGCAGCACAGUCCACAAUCGAGAGGUCCACCGACGCAUUUUCCACAAGAAUCCGUGGGUCCACCGGCCAAUUCCCCUCCGUUACACAUCAAUAUCUGCGGCCAAGACAACACGAUGCGCGGUCCGUUAUUGAACAUGAGUCCAGGUCUCGGAGCUAGCAACGUUGAUAUGGAGUAUCGUAGGAGUUCCCAAGCCACAAAUCAGUUACCUUUGAGUCCUGUACAAAUACAACCAUCGCCACCAUAUUACAGACAACCUAGUCAAGACGAUGGUAGAAAGAGCGAGUCUCCAUCCAGGAAACGUCGUCGAAUAUCUCGCAACGGUGCCGUCUCUGGUAUAGAAGUUCGUGAAACAACGCCACCGUCUCCCACACCACCAUUGCACACUACGCCACCGCCAUGGGAAUUCUCGGCGGCGCCCCAGAGACGAUCGCCACGGAAUCACAUGUCCACGCGCGGCAGCCCAACCAUCAGAAACCGUUAUCAACGAUACACGGAUUCAUUCGGCUUGUCCUAUCCGUUUGUGCCGGGUCACACGCCCCAUCCGCCCAUUCAUAAUUCCCAUCAUGGAAUCCACAGCUCCCAUCACAAUAUUCACAAUUCGCAUCAUAAUUUACACAAUUCGCAUCAUAAUAUACAUAACGCGCAUCAAACGCAUCCCCAUCAUCCACCGGGCACAGGACAUCAUCCUGCGCAAGGAGCGAACGGUCCCGUGGUCGUAGACGUUGGACAAGUUGGUGUUUCCGGUUUAGGAGUUGCUGUUAGCGGAGAACCGCUGUGGCAUCCUCAGGCGACAGGUUAUAGAAUUCCUUGCCAAUUGCACGGCUUGUACACGCCAACCGGAGCACACGCGUUUGCACACUCGUGUCAGGUUACGCAUCAUAGUCACUAUUCAGCAGCUCACCCAACCCAUCCAGGUCACAGUUUGGUUGGUUCGAUAGUUGGCGCAACAUCCAGAGGAUAUCCCACACCGACCGGAGGUCCUGUGGCGGCUCUUCAUCAUGCUCAUGCGCCACCACCACCCGUCCAUACUACUCAUUACACGGCGCACCAUCAACUCUCUCAACAGCGAGAAGUUGAAUUAGAGUUAAUAGAAUCUCAUCAUCAUCAUAGAGUGGGAGCUGCAGCUGGCGCCCCAUUACCAUUACCACAUUCGUAUUCACCGCCGGCUCUUACUCAAGUUACUACUCCUACCCCUACCCCUAUAUUCUUAUCAGAAACGAGAAACAGUCAAUUGGAAAUGAUUCAGACCAGGACUCGACGCACAGCGUCAAAUGUUCACACGCUCAGACGAUCAAGGUCGAGUAGAUGGAGAGGUACGCCUCCGAUACCACCGACUACUUAUUCAGGAUUCUUAUUGCACUUCUUCGCAAUGCUCAGCAACCCACCAUUAUCCCCAUAUAGUCAGGCGGAACUUUCCUCGCCAGAUUCAGCAACAGAAAAUUACGAAGCUCUUUUAUCUUUGGCGGAGAGGCUAGGAGAAGCUAAACCACGAGGACUGACUCGUGCCGAAGUGGAACAGUUGCCAUCGUACAAAUUCAAUGCAGAAACUCAUCAAGGAGAUCAAACUAAUUGCGUGGUUUGCAUGUGUGACUUCGAAGCUUUGCAAUCGUUGCGUGUUUUGCCAUGCUCACAUGAAUUCCAUUCUAAAUGCAUCGAUAAGUGGCUUAAAUCAAAUCGAACAUGUCCAAUAUGUCGUGGUGAUGCCGGAGAAUAUUUUGGGAAUAGCGGAACCGGUAGCGACUGACGCCAAGCCGCUCAAAUACACUAGCGCCAACUAUCACGGGUCUCAGGGACGCUACUCGGUACAGAGCUUCCAGCAAUUACAUUGCUAAUUUGUGCAAAUUUUUGUUGACAAGUAUUUCUCGUCUUUUCUCUGACCGAGUUGUGUAUGUUACGAUCGCCUUGAUUUCGCGAAGAAGAAAGGAUUGAAAAUGGUUGAAGAACGAAAAACAAGAAAAAUACGGGAGAUAAAAAAAGAGUAAAAUUCAAAGUAUGUCAGAGUGUUUGGUAUCGAGAAAAGGAUCACACACACGCAAUAAAGGUACACGAUUUAAAAUUACAGCAUGCAACGUUUUUACAAGGCGAAUUAACGUUUCUGCGUUUAUUCCAUUGUUUUUUCUCGGGAAUAGAGAAGUCGAAGAAAGAGGUUAGAAAAAAAAGAAUAAAUAAUAACAUAUAAUGAGCAAAUCAAGAUUAAAA